AUCUGAAGAAGUUCAGGCGAGAGCAGGUAGGGAGAAGAGAAGAAGCAGCGGUAGCUGGGGAUGGACUCCGCGGAGAGGUCCAGGAAGAGGGCGCAGAGAUGGAGCAAGCGCAAAGCCGUCGUCAUCCACCUCGCCGUCUGCUUCGUCGUCGGCGCCUUGGCGCCACUGGCCGCCACCGGCGGCCCGUUCAUCGGCGGCAUCCGCGCCUCGGUCCUUCCGUUUGGCGGUGUUCAGCGAGUGGCUCCGCCGUCGCCCCCUGCUGCCCCUGACAUCGGCCUCCUGCUGAUCGUCACCGUCACAAGGCCGGACGAGGACGGCAUGUCGCAGGAGGCGUCGGUGACGAGGCUCGGGCACACGCUGCGGCACGUCCCGCCACCCCUGGUAUGGAUCGUGGUUGGUGCCGAGAACAGGUCGGCGUCGACGGUCCAGGUGCUGCGCAGCACCGGCGUCAUGUUCCGGCAUCUCACAUACGCCACCAAUAUCACCACCGCCAACAACACCGGGAAUGCCAGUGACGAAGCGGACCUGCAGAAGAACGUGGCGCUGAGCCACAUCGAGCGGCACCGGCUGGCCGGGGUCGUCCACUUCGCUGCCGCCUCCGCCAUAUACGACCUCGAGUUCUUUGAAGAGCUCAGGCAGACUCGGGGCGUUGCAGCAUGGCCAACCGCAACUGUGUCAUCAGCAGACCAGACAGUAACACUACAAGGACCAACCUGCAACUCAUCACAGAUAACAGGCUGGUACUCCAAGGACUCGAGCACCAAUGCAACAGCAACACAUACAGCAGAUGCGGUUGCUGCACAAGAUACAGGCGCCAUCCGCAACAGCUCCAGUUUACCUCCUGAAAUAGGCAUAUCUGGACUUGGGUUCAGGAGCUCCAUACUGUGGGAAUCAGAAUGGUUCGCCGACAGCAACAGCUCUUCAGGAGGCGGCUCUCAGGACUACAUCCAGCUUGUACGACGAAUGGCGGUCGGCGACGAGGACGUGCGGAAGGGCAUCCCUUCUGACUGCUCCAAGUCACGGAUAAUGAUGUGGCACCUUGACAUGCCAAAGUACACUCCAGAAGUUAAAGAACAGGAGACUCCGCGGGAGCAAAGUCUAUUGGAGGAAGACGAAGAGGACUAUAUGACUUGA